AUGCCGCACUCGGAGACUGGCGGGCCGCUGGCCAAGCGCCAGAAGCUGAGCGUGGGCGAGAAGAAGCCUCGCCGAGAUGCUGUCGAGUCCCGGGGCUCCAACGUGUUUGCUCCAUUCCGCACCGUCGGGCUGGUGUCCCCAACCAACGUGCCAUUCUCGUGCCUGCCAAUGGGCAAGACGACCUUCCAGAUCACGACCUCCGUCGGCCGGGCGCUGCAGACGUACGAUCUUCGACGUGGUCUGAAUCUUGUGUUUGUCACGAGGCCCCAGACGCCCCGCGACAUCACGGCCACGUUUUCCUGGAAGAAGAUGGUGUUUGCAGCCUGGGGCGGCGGUGGGGACGACAGCGACGACAGCGACGACAGCGACGAGGGCGAGGCGGACGGACCGUCGACACGGCAGGGAUUCUGGGUCUUCCAGCGCGGCCGCAAGACGGGCGAGAUUCCACUACCGGCAGACCUGGACGAGCCGCUGCGGCAGAUCAUCGUGUUUGGCUCGUGGAUCGUGGGACUGGCACGCACGCGCAUCGAGGUGUGGAAGUCGGCGACGUUUGAGCACUACACGACGCUGCACCCAACGGCAGCACAGGCAGGCGGAAACGAGCUGACGGGCGGCAUGUGCACGAUGCCGACACUGCUGAACAAAGUGUUUGUAGGCCGUCGCGACGGCUGGGUAGAGAUGUGGAACGUCAGCUCGGGGCGGCUGGUGUACACGAUCCUGCCACCGGGACCGAACAGCGGCGCGGUGACGUGUCUGGAGCCGACGCCAGCGCUGUGUUUUUUGGCGAUUGCGUACGACAGUGGGCCACUGGUGAUCCAGGACGUGGUGCACGACAAGACGCUGCUGGCGCUGGACGCGGGCACGGCGGGCGUGACGGGCGACGGCGAGAACGAUGCGCCGGUGUGUUCGAUCUCAUUCCGCACUGACGGUCUCGGCGCCGGCCAGGACGGCCGCACGGAGGGCGUGAUGGCAACGGCGUCGGCAGCCAGCGGCGACGUGACGUUCUGGGACCUCAACAACGGCGGCCGCAUCAUGGGCGUGCUGCGAGGUGCUCACAACCCGCCGUCGGGCGAAGAGGGAAGCAACGUGGGUGGCGGCAUCAGCAAGGUGGAGUUUCUGCCGGGCCAACCGGUGAUUGUGACUAGCGGACGCGACAAUGCGCUCAAGACAUGGAUCUUUGACGAGACGCCCUUCUCGGCGGUGCCGCGCGUACUUCACUCACGCAGCGGCCACGCGGCACCGGUGAGCUGUCUGGCCUUCUUGCCGACGGACUUUGACGGCGCUGACGCUGGCAACAAGUGGCUGCUGAGCGGCGGCCGCGACCGCAGCCUCUGGGGUUGGAGUCUGCGGCGCGACGGCCAGAGCAGCGAGCUGAGCCAGGGCAACAUCCGGGCCAAGGCGAAGAAGACGGGCAUCCUGUCGGCGUCGGCACUGCGGCACGGCCCCACAACAAGGCUGGAGGACCUGAAGGCGCCAGAGAUCACGUGCAUCGCAUCGUCGUUGAACCGGGACGGCGGCAUUGGAGCAUUGCCGGGCAAGCAGCCGAUCUGGCACCGGGUGGACACGACAGGACGCAGCAAGAACCGACCGACACGGGCACUGGACGCCGAGGUAGCCGGGAUGACGGGAUGGGAGAGUGUGGUGACGGCGCACAAGGGCGAUGCCUGGGCACGCACAUGGUUCUGGGGCCGCAAGCGGGCGGGUCGCUGGGCGUUUCCGACAGGCGAUCAGACGGCGGUGUCGACGGUGGCCAUCAGUCCAUGCGGAUCGUUUGCGCUGGUCGGAUCGGCUGGGGGAGCACUGGACAUGUACAACCUGCAGUCGGGGCUGCACCGACAGCGGUUCCCGUCGCGGCUGACACCGGCACAGGCUCGCCAGCUCAAGGUGCAGCAACAGCUGAGGCAAGCCGACAGCGUGGCACAGCUGCAGGCGGCAGCAACAUCGGGACCAACACCGGGCACGGGACGACACAGCAAGGCGGUGACAGGCAUCGUGGUGGACAGCCUGGACCGGUUUGUGGUGUCGUGCUCGCUGGACGGGACGAUCAAGUUCUGGGACCUGCUGACGGGCCACCUGGCCUCGCAGCUGGACUGGGCGCCGCUGGGCGUGGCGGUGACGGGCAGCCGAUACCACGCGGCCAACGACCUGGUGGCGUUUGCAUGCGACGACAACGCGAUCCGGCUGGUCGACCUUGAGACCAAGAAGACGAUCCGCGAGUUCUGGGCAGGCAGCCGUGGCGGCGAGGCCGGACGGGCUCGCGGCCAGAUCAACGACUUUUGCUUCUCCAACGACGGACGCUGGGUCGUGGCCGUGACCCAGGACGACGCCCGCCUGCGCGUGUGGGACCUGCCAACGAGCCACCUGGUCGACUCGGUCGUGCUGGAGCACGCCGGCCGCGCCCUGGCCUUUUCGGGCACUGGGGAGUACCUGGCCGUAGCGCCCGACAGCGCACUAGGCGUGCACAUCUUUACGAACAAGACCCUGUUCACGCAUGUGCCGACGCGGCCGGUGGUCGAGGGCGCAAGCCGGGAGAGGCAGAAGCAAAAACGCAUGGCUGGACCGACGGCCUCGGGCGAGGGCAGUGUCGGACUGUUGGAUGCUGCUUUCGACCAGGAGGACGACAAGGAGGACGACAACAACACCAACGACGACAUCCUCUCGGCCGUCACCAUCGACCAGCUCAGCUCCGACAUGACGACGCUCAGCCUCGUGCCCAAGAGCCGCUGGCAGACGCUGCUGCAUCUUGACGUGAUCAAGCAGCGGAACAAGCCGCUGCAGGCGCCCAAGGCCCCCGAGAAGGCGCCAUUCUUCCUCGGCGCCGUGGCCUCGGCCGCGGCAGAAGAUGCGGCCAUGCGCUCGCUGACGCCUGCGGGAGGCGGUGGUGAUAGUGCCGCCGCUCUCGACAACACGACGCGGUCACGCAUCCUGACGUUGGACUACAGCCGGGGUCAACAGGCCUUUUCGAUGAAGCUGCACCAAGGAGGUGCGACGAAUGAUUUUUCUCCCUUUGUCGAUCACCUCAAGCUGCUACCCCCUGCCCAGGCCGAUCUGGAGCUGCGCUCUCUGGCGUCCGAGCAGGGCGAGCUCGGCCUGUUUGUGCGUGCGCUGACCAGCCGGCUUCGUGCGCGCCGCGACUACGAGCUCGUCCAGGCCUGGAUGGCCGUUUUCCUGCGACUGCACGGCCCGGCCGCGGUGGCGGCAGCGGCAGCACAGACGGCCGACAAGAUGGACGACGACAGCGACGAGACGGCCGACAAGGGUCUGGCGGCCGCGCUGGCCGAAUGGAAGAGCGUACAGGACGGCGAGCGGACGCGGCUGGACGGGCUGGUGGGCUACUGCGGUGGCGUGGUGAGCUUCCUGCGGAGUCCGCGGAGCUGA